GCCCCCUUAUCCAGGAAAUAAAAACUCGUCCAGCCUCCUUACAGAAGAAGCAGGCAUUCAUCUGCUCUCAGAAAGUCUCUGCAGCAACCAUGGCCACCUUUGUGGAGCUCAGUACCAAAGCCAAGAUGCCCAUCGUGGGCCUGGGCACCUGGAAGUCACCACCAGGCAAAGUCAAGGACGCUGUGAAGGCCGCCAUUGAUGCUGGGUAUCGCCACAUUGACUGCGCCUAUGCCUAUCAGAAUGAGAAUGAAGUGGGGGAAGCCAUCCAGGAGAAGAUCAAGGAGAAGGCCGUGAAGCGGGAGGACCUCUUCAUUGUCAGCAAGCUGUGGCCCACCUUCUUCGAGAAAAGCCUGGUGAAGGAAGCCUUUCAGAAAACCCUCACGGAUCUGAAGCUGGACUAUCUGGACCUGUAUCUGAUUCACUGGCCACAGGGAUUCCAGGCUGGAAAUGAACUUAUACCAAGAGACGAUAAAGGCAACAUUCUUGUCAGUAAAGCCACAUUCUUGGAUGCUUGGGAGGCCAUGGAGGAACUGGUGGACCAGGGGCUGGUGAAAGCCCUGGGCAUCUCCAACUUCAACCACUUGCAGAUUGAGAGGCUCCUGAACAAGCCUGGUCUGAAACAUAAGCCAGUGACCAAUCAGAUUGAGUGCCACCCAUAUCUCACCCAGGAGAAACUGAUCCAGUACUGUCACUCCAAGGGCAUUGGCAUCACAGCUUACAGUCCCCUGGGCUCGCCAGACAGACCUCAUGCCAAGCCAGAAGACCCUGUAGUUCUGGAGAUUCCCGCGAUUAAGGAAAUUGCUGCAAAGCACAAGAAAACUGUAGCCCAGGUUCUGAUUCGGUUCCACGUCCAAAGGAAUGUCGUAGUGAUCCCCAAGUCUGUGACACCCUCCCGCAUACAGGAGAACAUUCAGGUCUUCGACUUCCAGCUGAGUGACCAGGAGAUGGCCACCAUUCUCAGCUUCAACAGAAACUGGAGGGCCUGCGGCCUGUUUAUGGCAAGUCAUCUGGAGGACUUCCCUUUCCAUGCCGAAUACUGAAACUGAGACACCUGAUGAGCUUGCCCAGUUGCCCCUCUUCACAGGUGUGCCAUCCCCUCUUCAGGACUCCUAUUUUUGCCAAGCCUAAGAUACCACACUGAGCCAGAUAUGAGAAGACAAUUCUGCAUUUAAACCUCAUGGUCAGCUAGAAGCAGUCUGUCACAGAGGAUGCUUACUCAGUGAAGGACAAUGGUUUUCACUAAUUAGACCUGGCCAAAUGUUUGUCUUUCCUGAGGAACACUGGUAAUUCUGAGGAUAUAAAGAUCAAACAAUACAAAAAAACCAAAUAACAAUCGUCACACACAUUUCAACAGUCAGGAGUGCUUUCUGAAUGCUGUGGGUCCAACUUUUACCAUUCAGAUUUUACAGAAGAGGAAAUGAAGCCAAGAACUUGCUGAGGACCCCAGGUAGAAAGAGGCUGAAGGAUGUUUCAAAGGAAGGGUGCUCUUUGGGAGAGCACAGGACAGUUCGUUGUCUUCCUCCUCCAAGCCUUCUCUUCCUGGACAUACCUGCCUCUUUCCCCAAAGACUUUGUUGACUCUUUCCUCUUCCUGCUCUUCCCUCUUAUAUGCCAUCAUGACAAAGGGUCAAUGCUGCUGGUAGAAGAGUCCUUAAAAUUCACACAAUUCCACUAGAGAGAGACGGACAGAGAGAGAGAGAGAGAGAGAGAGAGAGAGAGAGAGAGAGAGAGAGAGAGAGAGAGAGAGAGAGAGAAAGAGAGAGAGAGAGAGACAGAAUGGCAACUACAGGAUCUAGGACAAAUGAAGAGGAAAACAUCUGGCACACCUGUGAGGAGUUAUCUAGAUUAGGUUAAUUAGGAUGGGAGACCCACUCUAACUUUGAAUGGCAUCAAUUGAUGGGGUGGGGCUCUAGCUAGCUGGGUACAAACAUUCCUUUCUAUCUGCUCCUUGAGUUUGGAUGCAAUGUGAUCAGCUACCUCACAUUCUUCCUCAUGUUGUCCCUGCACGGAGGACUGUAUACCUUCAAACUGUGAGCCAAAGUAAGCCCUUCUUCCCUGAAGUUGUUUCGGCCAGAUAUUUUGUUAUGGCAAUAAAAAAGUUAUAAAACAUAAAA